UUGUUACAGAUAAUAACACUACUAUUAUCAGAACGUAACAAUUAUUAAUAUUAUUAUUGUAUCAUGUAUAGUAAAUACUUAUCUUAUUUUUUAAGGUGGAUGUUGGGGAUCAACUAGAAAAAAAACCAUCGUUGGAGGAUGGGCUUGGGCUUGGUGGCUUGUAACUGAUGUACAAUAUCUUUCAUUGGAGGUUAUGACUUUGAAUCCCAUGUGUGAAAUGGUAGAAACGUCUCAAGGUGUUCCUCUCACAGUUACUGGUGUUGCACAAUGUAAGAUCAUGAAGGCUGAUGAAUUACUUCAAACUGCUUCUGAACAAUUCCUUGGCAAAAGUGUCAAGGAAAUCAAAUCAACUAUUUUGCAAACAUUGGAAGGUCAUCUACGAGCCAUUUUAGGAACUUUGACUGUGGAAGAAGUUUAUAAAGAUAGAGACCAAUUUGCUGCCUUAGUAAGAGAAGUAGCAGCUCCUGAUGUGGGUCGUAUGGGGAUUGAAAUUCUCUCUUUUACAAUUAAAGAUGUUUAUGAUGAUGUUCAGUAUUUAUCAUCAUUAGGAAAAGCCCAAACUGCAGCAGUUAAGAGAGAUGCAGACAUUGGUGUAGCCCAAGCUAAUCGUGAUGCUGGCAUUAAAGAAGCAGAGUGUGAAAAAACAGCCAUGGAUAUUAAGUACAACACUGACACCAAGAUAGAAGAUAAUUCAAGAAUGUAUAAACUUCAAAAAGCCAAUUUUGAUAAGGAAAUAAACACAGUGAAAGCAGAAGCACAGUUAGCUUAUGAAUUACAAGCUGCUAAAAUAAGGCAAAAAAUAAGAAAUGAAGAAAUACAAAUUGAAGUUGUUGAAAGAAGGAAACAAAUUGAAGUUGAGGAAGAAGAAGUUAUCAGGAAGGAGUUGGAAUUGAAUGCCACAGUUAGACUUCCAGCUGAAGCUGAAAGUCAUCGUCUGCAAACAAUUGCAGAAGGAAAAAGGACUCAAGCUGUUGAAGUUGCAAAAGCUGAAGGUGAAAAAAUUAAAAAAAUAGGUUUUGCUGAAGCACAUGUAAUUGAAAGUAUUGGUAAAGCUGAUGCAGAAAGAAUGAAAAUGAAAGCAUUAGUUUAUAAAGAGUAUGGAGAUGCAGCUAUAAUGUCCCUGGUUCUCGAUGCACUCCCUAAGAUUGCAGCUGAAGUAAGUGCACCACUAGCUAAAACAGAUGAAAUUGUGAUGCUUGGAGGCAGUGAUCAAUUGACGGGAGAAGUAAACAGAUUAGUGGGACAGAUUCCACCUGCAGUAAAUGCAUUAACUGGAGUAGAUUUGUCAAAGGUCCUUAACAAGAUGGCUACUGUAAAAUGAUCCAGCCAAGACAACAAGAAAUAAGCUUAUAAAUAAAUAUGUGUUCAAAUUUGUACUUUAUUGGUACGAUAAAAAUAUAUCAAAUACAAUCUAACAUGUACUGGAGUGCUUCCAAUGGGAAACUUCUCCACUUUUAAGUAAUUUGUUUAAUAUUCUGUAAAUUUAUUUUCCUUCUCUUGAAAUAAAAUCUAAUAUAAGAAUUGUCUCAUUGUUCAUCCAUAAUCUCUUUUGGAAUGUAUUUCCAAUUUCCCUUUUCGAUUCAAGUAUUCAUAAUUAACAGUGAUAUCUUAUUGCAAAAAUUAUUCUGUUCAAUUAUAGACUGGAUGAAAUUGAUAUAUUUUUUGUAAUGUUGUAGAGCAAUUAAUCAAAUUAUAUUACAUUACUAUUUUUGCUGAUGACCUGAAGCAUCUUUUUAAUAAAAC